AUGGAGAACUUGAGAUUUUCUAGUACUGUUCUCUGCUUAAUAAUUCUGACAUUGGAAAUUGUUGUUGGUCUUAAAGGUGAAGAGCUGAAAAAUGACACUGCUCAAAGUCAAAUACAUGGCAAUGUCACCUUAGCAACACUCUCUAAUCAUCAGGGUAAUAAGGAACAAGUAAGAGGAAAACACAAUGAAGUUGCUUUCAACACAAGCAAAGGUAGUCGGCAUAAUAGAGGAGGAGGAUUUAGAUGGGGAUGGGGUGGAGGGGGAGGAGGUGGUGGUGGUGGCGGCGGUGGAGGUGGAGGGGGAGGGGGAGGAGGUGGCGGCGGAUGGGGAUGGGGAGGAGGAGGUGGAGGGGGUGGUUGGUGGAAAUGGGGAUGUAGAAAUGAACCAAGAUCACAUGUUAAAGGAAAACAAGGAACUAUGAGGGGUAUGAAACAUCAUCAUGAUACAUACAAGGGAGAUUAUAAGUUGGGGGAAUUUGCACAAUGCAUGACAAGAACAAGAUGCAAAGGCAUGAGGUUGGAUUGUCCACUUCACUGUGGUGGACCUUGUUUCUAUGACUGCUAUCAUAUGUGCAAAGCUCAUUGUCGCCGACCCUAA